GGCCCCCCCGCCCGCCGGUCCCGGGGCUGCAGUGGCGACAGCGGCGGUCACAGGAGCGGCGACAGCGGCAGCUGCGGAGCGUCAGCCCCGCCCGGCGCCGCCUCCCGCAUCCUGCAGCCCGCAAGCCGCAUCCUGCAUCCCGCAGCGCAUCCUGCAUCCCUGGGUACCACCCGCAGCCCUGGGUACCACCCUGCAGUGCUGAGCAGCAUCCUGCAUCCCGGGCAGCAUUCCGAGUCCUUGGGUACCGCCCGGGCAGCAUCCUGCGUCCCUGAGCAGCAUCCUGCAUCCCUGAGCAGCAUCCUGCAUCUUUGGGCAGCAUCCUGCGUCCCUGAGCAGCAUCCUGCAUCUUUGGGCAGCAUCCUGCAUCCCUGAGCAGCAUCCUGCAUCCCUGGGCACCACCUGGGCACCCCCCUGCAUCUUUGGGCAGCAUCCCGCGUCCCUGAGCUGCAUCCUGCACCCUCGGGUACCGCCGGGCAUCCCCGGGUACCCUCCUGCGCCCCGGUGCCGCCGGAGCCUUAGGCUGUGACACCCCCGCUGCCUUGCCCGCCCCCGUCUCGCCGCCCCCCGACCCCCGCCAUGGCCGAGCCCAGCUCCGAGUGCAGCAUCAAGGUCCUGUGCCGGUUCCGGCCCCUCAACCAGGCCGAGAUCCUGCGGGGGGACAAGUUCCUGCCCGUGUUCCAGGGGGACGACAGCGUCGUGGUGGGGGGCAAGCCGUAUGUCUUUGACCGCGUGUUCCCGCCGAACACGACGCAGGAGCAGGUGUACCGCGCCUGCGCCAUGCAGAUCGUCAAGGGGGAUAACCGGGAUAACUGGGAUAACCGGGGUAACCGGGAUAACCGGCAUAACCGGGAUAACCAGGAUAACCGCGGUAACCGGGGUAACCGGGGUAACCGGGAUAACCGGGGUAACCAGGAUAACCGGGCUAACUGGGAUAACCGGGAUAACCGGGAUAACUGGGAUAACCGGGAUAACCGGGAUAACCGCGGUAACCGGGGUAACCGGGGUAACCAGGAUAACCGGGGUAACCGGGAUAACCGGGAUAACCGGGAUAACCGGGGUAACUGUGGUAACCGCGGUAACCGGAGUAACCAGGAUAACCGGGAUAACCGGGAUAACCGGGAUAACCGGGAUAACCGGGGUAACCGGGAUAACCGGGAUAACCAGGAUAACCGGGAUAGCCAGGAUAACCGCGGUAACCGGGGUAACCGGGAUAACCGCGGUAACCGGGGUAACCAGGAUAACCGGGGUAACCGGGAUAACCGGGAUAACCAGGAUAACUGGGGUAACCGGGAUAACCGGGGUAACCAGGAUAACCGGGGUAACUGGGAUAACCGGGAUAACCGGGAUAACUGGGAUAACCGCGGUAACCAGGGUAACCGGGGUAACCAGGAUAACCGGGGUAACCGGGAUAACCGGGAUAACCGGGAUAACCUGGAUAACCGGGAUAACCGGGAUAGCCGGGAUAACCGCGGUAACCGGGAUAACCGGGGUAACUGGGGUAACCGCGGUAACCGGGGUAACCAGGAUAACUGGGAUAACCGGGAUAACUGGGCCCAGGUUUCCUACUUCGAAAUUUACCUGGACAAGAUCCGGGACCUGCUGGACAUGACCAAGACCAACCUGGCCGUGCACGAGGACAAGAACCGCGUCCCCUACGUUAAGACGGGCGCUGAGGGAGCCGUGCUGGACGAGGCCAAAAACAUCAACAAGUCCCUGUCGGCGCUGGGCAACGUCAUCUCGGCGCUGGCCGAGGGCACGAAGGCGUACGUGCCCUAUCGCGACAGCAAGAUGACGCGGAUCCUGCAGGACUCGCUGGGCGGCAACUGCCGCACCACCAUGUUCAUCUGCUGCUCCCCGUCCAGCUACAACGACGCCGAGACCAAAUCCACGCUCAUGUUCGGCCAGAGGGCCAAGACCAUCAAGAACACGGCCUCGGUGAACCUGGAGCUGACGGCCGAGCAGUGGAAGAAGAAGUUCGAGAAGGAGAAGGAGAAGAACAAAGCGCUGCGGGAGACGCUGGCGCGGCUGGAGGCUGAGCUGAGCCGCUGGCGGAGCGGCGAGGCCGUGCCCGAGACCGAGCAGCUGAGCGAGGCCGAGGCGGGCACGGGGCCGGGCGAGGGCCAGGGGGGCGCCCCCGAGGAGCCCCCCCUGAACGACAACAGCUCCUCCAUCGUCAUCCACAUCUCGGACGAGGAGCGCCACAAGUACGAGGAGGAGAUCCGCAAGCUCUACAAGCAGCUGGACGACAAGGAUGACGAGAUCAACCAGCAGAGCCAGAUCAUGGAGAAGCUGAAGCAGCAGAUGCUGGACCAGGAGGAGGUGCUGGCGGCGGCGCGGGGCGGGGGCGAGGCGGCGCGCCGGGAGCUGGCGGCGCUGCGAGCCGAGCACGGCGCGGCGCGGGCCGAGGUCACCGAGGUGCUGGCGGCGCUGGAGGAGCUGGCGCGGAGCUACGACCGCAAGGCCCAGGAGGCCGAGGACACCGGGCGCCACAACCGCCGGCUCGCCGACGAGCUGGCCCGCACCGAGCCCGUGGAGGUGAGCGGUGCCAUCGAGGAGGAGUUCGCCGUUGCCCGCCUCUACAUCAGCAAGAUCAAGUCCGAGGUGAAGUCGGUGGUGAAGCGCUGCCGGCAGCUGGAGAACCUGCAGGUCGAGUGCCACCGCAAGCUGGAGGUGACGGGGCGCGAGCUGUCCUCCUGCCAGCUCCUCAUCUCCCAGCACGAGGCGAAGAUCCGCUCGCUGACCGAGUACGCGCAGAGCCUGGAGCUGCGCAAGCGGCACCUGGAGGAGGCGCACGACGCGCUCGGGGAGGAGCUGGCGAGGCUGCAGGCCCAGAACCAGAAGCUGGAGCUGGAGCUGGAGCGGCUGCGGGCGGAGCACGAGGCGCUGCGGGCGGAGGAGCGGGCCAAGGCGGCGCGGCUGCAGGAGCUGACGCUCCUCUACGAGCGCCACGAGCAGUCCAAGCAGGACCUCAAGGGGCUGGAGGAGACCGUGGCCCGUGAACUCCAGACCCUCCACAACCUGCGCAAGCUGUUUGUUCAAGACGUCACGACUCGAGUCAAGAAAAGCGCAGAGCUGGAACCCGAGGACAGUGGGGGGCUCCACUCCCAGAAGCAGAAGAUUUCCUUUCUUGAGAACAACCUGGAGCAGCUUACAAAGGUUCACAAACAGGUGCGCGGGGGGGGCACGGGGGGCAGGGGGUACCACCCCAGGGCCCCCCCAGUCCUGCAGCCUCCUCUCGCUUUCCUGGCUCCCCCUGCAGCUCCUUCCCCUCCUGCCCCGUCCCUGAGUGCCCCCCGUCCAUCCUGCCCCCCUUCACCCAGCCCCCAGCCCGUCCCGGGUGACCCCGGCCCCUCUGUUGCCCCCCCGUUGCCCCCUCCCCAGCUGGAUCUCUGUGUGCCCAAGAUACCGGGACCCCCCUGGAACCCCGGGGAGGGCAAUAGACCCCCCCAGUCCUGA